GCGAGAUCUGGCUGUCUGCAAGUACAAGGCAAUGCGCCAGCCCUACACAUAUGCCGUGUGUGUGAGGCAGAAGCGCAUCAAUCAUCCGCAAAGGUCACGCGCAAAGCGUAGAGCACGUCACACGUGUGAGAUGGGUCGUCGCCACCGUGACGAGUCAGAUCUGCAACCUCCAAAGAGCGGUGAAUGGCCAGGGUGGUGAUGCCGUGCCGUCAUCUCAGAGUCGGGCCACCUCCUGAAACUCUCACA